AUGUCUCAAUUCAACUUCGCCGAAGCUUUUCUCCUUAUUUUGAUCGCUGGAUCAAUUUUCGCUGAAAAUUUAGCAUCGAGUUUAUUUUUUGGACUCGUAUGGUAUAAUGUUACACAAAAUAGUAAGCAAGAGCAAAAUAAUAACGCGAUCCGCUCGCUAAGCGAAGAUUUUGCUAAUAAAAUCAAUGAACUCAAUGAAAAAAUUAUCUUGAUUCAUGACGAAGUUCAAACAAUUCGUGAAGGUGACAGAUUCAGUAAUACGUCGAGUUUUUCUCAUGCAUCGUCGCAUAGAUCGUUUUCGAGCUCAGUCUCUCAAUCCCUGCUACGGGAUUUCAAGAGAGUGUUUGAAAAGUAUAUGGUACGAAUGAGUAUUGUUGGAUCUGAUAUGUUUAAGACGGUUGCAGAUGAUGUCAAUAAGGAAAAGGGGAUGCAAGUUAUCGGAGCUAAAGCGAUAGAAAGUUUUUAUAAUGGAGAAAGAAAAUCUGAUAAAAGAACGAUAGGCGCGAUCAAGUGUUGGAUGGAAUUGAGGAACAAAGAAAUAAAUGAGUAUAAUGUUGGAUAG